UGAUAUUGUAACAACGAUUUUUCGUCGCUCUGGUUGCUUAUUAGAGUCUACACUUAGUUAAUAGUUUAAUAUUAUUGUGUGUGCGGUGCACGUGAGUGUGCGAAUCCGCUUUACUUGCUGCGUAUAUCAUGUAAUGUGCAAAAUCUACAAAGUGCAUGUAACGUGUGUAACAAUCAAUUGUUGCCCCACACUCUCUGUGCGAGUGUGAGUGUGACCAAGAGUGCGUGUCUGUGCGUUUGUGUGCGUGCGCGUACAAGGCAGCCAGUGGGCGGCCCAUAAGGAGUCUACCUAUCAUCGCAGACAAACACACCCAGUGUUUGCAGCACAGCAAUAAGGAUGUAUUUGGCUUGUGUCUGAGGUGUGGAGCAGUCGCCGCUGAAUGACAAAUGUAUGUGUCAUUGCUAUUGGGGCUCCUGGACGCAAUUAAUUUGAUGUUUGUUUUUAUUUCGCAGCAGCCGCAGCAGCAGCAGCAGCCGCCAUGCCAAAACGCAGCAAGCGCAAUUAUAACAACAACAAUAACAACAACAGCGACACCAACAGCAAAAAGAACAACAUGCAAGUCUUUUAAGUGCGCGUAUCAAGCAAAGCUUAGACAACGUCAUGAGUCGUCAGGAGCCGUUAGCUUCACAGACGUCGUCGUCGUCGUCGUCGUCGCCAGGAGCGAUAACAACAAUAAGAACAACAACAACAACAGCAGCAGCAUCAGCAGGGAGCACAACAUGUAGCAAAAUCUCAACUUCAACACCACAAAAACGUGAUGAAUCCGCGCAGGAGCAUCAACAGGAGUUCAUUGAUCGCAGCCUGGCCAGCGAAAUUGGCGUGUGCGAUGCCAGUGCCAUAUGCGACAUUUCUGUCAAUAGUAGCUGCAGCGACGCCAGUCCAGUUGCCAAGCGUCAACUGAGCUCUGCCAAUUUGUCCCGUAUACGUCCGCAGUCCAGUUACUCGGCGCGUGUGCUCAUCUUUGAAGAUUCCGAUCAUGAGGCAGCCGCCGCAGCAGCUGCUGCUGCUGCGAGUGCGGAUGCGGACGCUCUAAGGAUUGCUCAGUCGGCGGCCAGUUCCUUUAAUGCAAGCGGCGCUGAUGCCAGCAGCGGCGUUGAAUUGCUGCCCGUAUCGCCGGCCAAAUUGGGAGCCAAUGAUUACAGCAAUAGCAACAAUGGCUCUUCGAUCCUACGCAAUCUCAAUCUAACCAAGAGCUCGUCGGGUGGCCUAUCGGGCAGCUCCAGUUCACUGCACUCUCGCGGCUAUACGGCGCUGCUGCGUAAGAUCUCCUAUCAGCAGCACACGAAUUCUCUGCGCGCCGUCAGCAGCGAAGCGUCCAAUUUGCUGCGUAUGCGUCAUUCCUCGCUAGGCAAAUCAGCGCCCUGCCUAACCGGCAACUAUUUUCGACACGAGUUGUGCUCUGGUCCAGGGCCAGGCGCAGGAGCAGCAAGCACGACUGUGCCCACGGCGGCCUCACCCGGUUUAAAUAUUUCGCGCUCUGGCAGUGGCAUUGCGCUGUCCAAGCAUCAUCAUUUGCAUGGGGUGGUCAUGCGAGGCGCGAAUUCGGGCGCUGGUGGCAGUGGAUCGAGCGGUGUGGCUCAUCAUCGCCUGAGCCUGGUUACCAAUGCUGCAGCCAUAGCAGGUGGCUCCCGGGCACAUUCACCCUAUUCAGCUAGUCCGGUGGACAGUCCACGCCUGAAUUCGCCCAUGCCGUUCGCAUUUGCGCCCAUCAAACGCAUCGCCUCCUGUCGUGGGGUUGUCGACGGCAGGCGCUGGUCGGUAGCAUCGCUGCCCUCCUCGGGCUACGGCACAACACCAGGCAGCUCUAAUUUAUCGUCGCAAUGCUCCAGUCAGGAGGCGCUUAAUCAUUUGCCGCACAACAUGCCGCCCCCUGGUCAGGAGGAUGCAGCCGCAGUAGCAGCCGGCGCCUGCUGUGCGGAACAUUUAAAGCAGCAUUGUCCCAAACAUUGCGCCUUAUUGCUAGCCGCACAAAAGCCACAACAGCCGCAUGCACCAAAGCUUGCACAGCUGCAGCCGCAGCCAUUGAAACCACCGAUCGCUUGCAUUAACUGCUGCGCCGACCUGAGCGUGGGUUGCAGCGGGAAUGCUAAUGCCAACGCGAAUGCGUCUAAUGCCUCGAUGUCGUCCUUCCCGUGUGGCGGUCGCAUGUCUCCCUGUUUUCGACCGCGUUCCCGUUCGCUAUCCAGCCCAUCUCGGUCACCCAUUGUGGACAGCGAGAUUGCUGUAAUGAAUACAUUGUAUAAGGAGCGCUUCCCCAAGGCUACACAGCAAAUGGAGGAGCGCAUGAAGCACUUUAUCAAUGAGAACAAGAGCGCUGCUUGCAGUAGUUUUCGUGAUUCACAGCCCAUCGUGCGCUUUGUGCAUCAUCAAGUUUUGGAGAUGGCGCGUGAUUGUCUGCACAAAUCGGAGGCUAAGUUGAUAACCUCGCAAUACUUUUACGAGCUAAGCGAGAAUCUAGAGCGUCUUCUGAUGGAGACCAAGGAGAAAUCGCCGGAAGCUGCUGCCGAGCUAAGUGGCGUGAUCAAAAAGCUGCUGUUGAUUAUAUCGCGUCCAGCCCGUUUGCUGGAAUGUCUUGAAUUUGAUCCGCAAGAAUUCUACGAGCUUCUUGAGGCAGCCGAGGGACAUGCCAAGGCCAUGCCUGUGAUCAAAGCGGAUAUACCACAGUAUAUCAUACACAAGCUUGGUCUCAAUCGUGAUCCCAUCGCGGAACUGCAGCAGGAGCUACGUGAAACGCAGCAAAUGUGCUCCGAGCAUGUGACUGGUGGGGACAAGCUGCUGGAUGCGCAGCCCAGGGCAUUAUUGCUGAACUCGCCAUUAACCUGUGCGGCCCAGCAACUGAGCAACCUGUCGCUGGACAACAUGUCACUGGACGCUGGCAAUUCGGGCGGCAGCGGCACCUGUACGCCACAGCCAAUGUUGCCACAGCAGCCGCCACAAACGCCGGUGGGCUGUGAUGGCCAACCAACGCCUAGUUUUGCAUUGGCCAUAAGCCAGCUCAAUACGUCAGCGGAGACAGUUGCUGCGCAACAGCAACAACAACAACAACAACAGCAGCAACAGCAACAGCCAGUACCGCAUGAAAACGACUUUGACAUUGCCAAGCUGAUCUCAAAUGGCGCCUAUGGAGCCGUGUAUCUGGUGAAGCACAAGACGACGCGCCAGCGCUUUGCAAUGAAGAAGAUCAACAAGAAUAAUCUCAUAUUGCGCAAUCAGGUGGAGCAGGUGUUUGCCGAGCGUGACAUAUUGUCCUUUGCAGACAAUCCCUUUGUGGUUAGCAUGUAUUGCUCCUUUGAGACCAAGAAGCAUCUGUGUCUGGUCAUGGAGUAUGUGGAAGGUGGCGACUGUGGCACCCUGCUUAAGAACAUUGGUCCGCUGCCCGCUGACAUGGCGCGCUUCUAUUUUGCCGAAACAGUAUUAGCCGUGGAGUAUCUGCAUAGCUAUGGCAUUGUCCAUCGAGAUCUCAAGCCGGACAAUUUAUUAAUCACAGCACUCGGCCACAUCAAGCUUACCGAUUUUGGCUUGUCCAAAAUGGGUCUCAUGUCGUUGGCCACCAAUUUGUAUGAAGGCUACAUUGAUUCGGAGACGCGACAGUUUUCCGAUAAGCAGGUCUAUGGCACGCCCGAGUAUAUAGCGCCCGAGGUGAUACUGCGUCAGGGCUAUGGCAAGCCCGUCGACUGGUGGUCCAUGGGCAUCAUACUGUACGAGUUUCUCAUUGGCUGUGUGCCAUUUUUUGGGGAGACUGCCGAGGAGUUGUUUGCGCACACCGUUAACGAUGAUAUUGAUUGGCCCGACAGUGAGGAUUGGCCCGUGCAAUCGGAGGCCAAGGACAUAAUUUCACAGUUGCUACAGCAGAAUCCGCGCGAUCGUCUGGGCACUCAGGUCGGCGCAUUGGAAGUGAAGGAGCAUUUCUACUUUCAAGGCAUGGACUGGAAUUCGCUGCUGCGCCAGAAGGCUGAGUUUGUGCCGCAGCUGUCACACGACGAUGACACCAGCUAUUUUGAUACCCGCAUGGAUCGCUACAACCACGAUCUGGGCGAUGAAGAUACCGAUGACACCGACGAUACGCCCGUCUUUGGCAGCUUCAACUCCUACACUCCGCAAUAUCGCAAACAGCAUUAUAGUUGGUCACGUCACGCAACGGACAGCGCCAAAGGAACGCCGACAACGUUGCCUUCGCGGGCACAGGAAACCGCCACAGCGACGGCGACCAUAGCUGCAACGGGAGCGCUGCCCAAGCUCAAGCCGUCAGCUGCGAGCCAAGAGGGCGUGGUCAACAAGUUCUUGAACACGCCUCAGUUGCGUAAACUGGAUCUCUCAUCCAGUUGCCUAAAGGUGCCCUCCACGCCUGAUAGCGAAUUUUUGCCGGAACUGUUGCAUAACGUCACCAUUGGCAACGAUGCUGAGCUGCGCAUGCUCAAGCAUUAUUUGCAACAGCCAACGCCAGCGGUUGUGCGUUUGCAGCAGCGGCACAGUAUGCCACCGAACACAACGACCAUAAUUAGCACACCGGCAACACCGCCACCACCGACACAGUCGUCCACGGCGACACCGCAACCAAUAAGCGUGAGCAGCUUCUCUCGCAGCACUCCGGAGAGUUCUCAAACGGACAGCGAUGACUUCUCACCGCAGAUUAAUCGCAAGCGCAAGGGCGUUUGUGCGCGUGACAUAUUGCCACGUUUCUCCAUCUCGAUUGAAGAUGAAACCAUCAGCGCCGGAAGCUCCUCCACGGAGAACAUGAAUAUACGUGAGCAGUCGCCCCUGGCACUGCAGCAUCAACCCAAGUCCAUGGACAGCAGCAGUGGACCCACUUCUUAUGGCGUCAAGCAUCAUCGGUCGCGCUCCAUAGUCAAAUCUGCAUCGGCGCUGGGUCUGUCGCUAAUGUCGUCGCUGGACAACACGCAACUGGCGGCACAGCUUUGUGGCAUUCAGUCACCGGGGAGCGCUGGUGGUGGCGGCAAUGGCUCCAGCACAGCUAGCUCAAGGGAUACAUCUCCCUGUCGCGAACUCUCGCCGCUGGUCACCAAUCUCAAGCCACCCAUUAUUAUACGCCGUGGACCACGUGGCUUUGGAUUCACUGUGCACACUAUUCGCGUCUAUUAUGGCGACACAGAUUUUUAUACCAUGCAUCAUUUGGUCAUGGCCGUCGACGAGGGCAGUCCCGCGUUUGAGGCAGGUCUGCGACCCGCCGAUCUCAUCACCCAUGUUAACGGCGAGCCCAUACAGGGCCUAUUCCACACCCAGGUAUUGCAGCUGCUGCUCAGCGGCGGCGAGCAUGUGACACUGCGUGCCACGCCCUUGGAGCACACCAGCAUACAGAGCGGUGGUCGCAAGCGUGACCUCAUGCAAAUCAAGCUGGCCAAAAAGGGCGUUAAUCGCCAGAAGAAGCAAACGAAGCGAGAGCACGACAAGAAGCGCAAAACGUCGCUAUUUCGCCGCAUAAGCAGCAAACGUGCAAACGCCGAGAUGCAACAGUUCUCGGCGGGCACUAAUUCACCCACCACGCCAUCGGCACGCAAUCUAUCGCCGUUGGACUCUUCGUAUCACAGCAGCAGCUGCUGCCAAUCGGCAGCUAACUCCUCAUCGCAAUCAACUUCACCUUCAUCCUCGUCACCCAACACGCCCACCAGUUCUAAUGGUAAUGGUAAUGGCGCAGGUAGUGCUAAUGCUAAUAGUGCCGCUAAUGCAGCACCCGUCGCUGCCUUGAGCGGGCAGCUGCCACCGCCGCCGGCUAGUCCAGUUGUUUUACUUCCGCAUGUGGGCGCCGUUGUAGGCAAUAGCGCUACCUCUGUGGGCAAUGUGCCAGUUUCACCCACUGGCGUUGUGCCGCAGCUAUAUCAGCGUCCCUCAACGCUACAUGGUCUUAAGCACAAGCUGCACGCAGCAGCCACUGGCGCUGGUGGCACGGCUGCCAGCAGCAAUGCGGGUGCAGGGUUGAAGACAUUGCACACUUCGAGCAGCAAUGCGCUACCCAACCGGCGCAAGUCUGUGGGUCAUAUACCGCUGUCACCUUUGGCGCGGACACCGUCGCCAUCGCCAUUGCCGUCGUCGCCAACUCGCUCACCAUCGCCGUUGGCCUUUCCACUGGUGGGUCAUCAGCCUGGCGCCUCCAAUACCACGCAGUCGUAUAGUCCAGGUAGCACGUUGCCCACGCUGCAGACAGCGGCAAGCGCCAGCAGCAAGAAGGCGGGAUUUGCACGAACCAAAUCUGCAGAGCCGAGCUCGCCAUUGUUGCGUCGCGCACUCUCGCCGGAUCGACUGCAUCCGCGCAGCGCAGAGACAAAAAUAUCACCGCUAUGCUGCUCACCGCCCAUUAAACAACAAACUCAACAUCAUCAGCAUCAGCGUGUUGUGGCGGCUACUUGGCGACCGGCUGCUGGUGGUGCUGGAGUUGGAGUUGGUGGAGCACCGCAGCAACAGCAGCAGCAGUUAGGCAACAGCAGCAGCACUGAGGAAUCUCAAAGACAAACAGCUUCUGCCAUAACAACAGCAGUGGCUAGUGGAGCAGCGUCAGCUUCAGUUGAUAAUCAAGCAACGAAUAAUGUAGCCAUAGCCAGCAGCUGUGAGCUCUUGCCACGCAUUGCCGAAGAGAAGGAUUCGCCUACUAGCAUACAGGACAGUAGCAGCGCGUCGGAGGUCUUUUUGCCGGCUAUUGAGGAGCAUGCUGAAGGCGAGACUUCAUCGCCCACGCAGACGCUGGAAAAGCCAUCGCCCAAAGCCGAUCAGCCUGACAAGGCCAAGAAGGCCGAAAUGGGUAAAAAUAAUGCGUCCAAAAAAUCUUCGAUUACAACGACUAGGCCGGUAAGCGCCAGUGAUUUCCCAUUAGCUAUGGGAGGAAGGGAGCCAUUGGCUUCAACACCGUCAACCACAGGCAAGGGAUCAGUAGCUACAGCAACAACAACAGACGCAACUUCGGCUGCCAAGCAGAAGAAGUAGCGCCAAAGAACUGGAUGUUUGUGUUUUAAAUUUCAUGUUUAGCGUAUCUAAAUGUUCAGUCUAAAUAUUUACAAAUCGAAACGAACGAAGAGUAAGCGAACAAAGUAGCUGCAGGAAUUUGAUAACUAUAUUCAAGCGAUUGUAUUGAAGACAACCUUAAAUGCAUGCUUUGGGCAGAACCAUAUAAAAUUAGCAAAGAAAAUUACUUAGAAAAUUGUGGAAAACUAGUAGUAUGUAGUAUCGUAUCUAACAAAAUUCCUAAUACAAAUUGUAAAUUAGUAAAAGAAAAAAAAAGAAGGAGAUCGCACUAGGAAUGUAAAGGCGGCAGCAGGCAAUUAUCAAUAUUGUAUUUGUAUAUAAAUGUAUAACAUUGAUAGAAUUAAAGUUCAGUAAGAAGAAUGGAAACGCCCAAGAAAUUUAACGCAACAAGCUGGUAACAGCUGAGUAAGGUAAAGCUAAAGUACGUAAAUAACCCGAAGCAGCUUGCUCAGUCAAAUAUUCAAGCGUUUUUUUGCGAAUCUAUAAUCUAUGCCGAAUUCAAUAUAUAUUGUAUUAAAUAAAUGUUAUAUGUGUGUA